GGGAGGACUGAAGCCUGGGAUCUAUGAGCAGAAAGUGGCGGCGGGCAGCUGGUCUUUGGAUUUUAUUGUUUUGUGUUGUCGGUCGAAGCGGUUUCCGGGGCCCCGGGAAUUUGCUGUGGAGUUGUGCUCGGGAGGGUGGUCAGUGCGGGUACACAGAUACCUCUGGCCCGAACCGGACCAGCUCUCCACCGCGGAGAAGACUUCGAGCGAAGCCGGGGAUGGAGUGAGGGUCGGGCUGGGCCCCCGAACCGCCGAGACUCGGCUGUGGCCCGAUGGCUGCGGUGAAUUAUUCUCCUCCCUGGUGGGUGACCCUCCUGCACCGUCUCCCCCAUCUCAACAUCCAACUGGAGACGGUCAGCAGCGAGUUCCAGCCUGAAGACAGGCAGUACCAGGAGUCACUUUUGCUGUUGGGUGGAGUUGCGCUGGUCUGCCUUUCCCUCAACCUCCUUUUCCUUCUCUUCUAUUCCUUUUGGCUGUGUUGUCGGAGGAAGAAUGAAGAUCAGCCAAACGCAGACUGCUGCUGUACAGCAUGGUGCGUCAUCAUUGCAACACUUGUGUGCAGUGCAGGAAUAGCUGUUGGUUUCUAUGGAAAUGGUGAGACCAGUGAUGGAAUUUUCAGACUUGCCUACUCGAUGAGACAUGCGAACCGCACUAUAACAGGAAUUGAUUACCUCGUUUCUGAGAGUACUCAUGAUCUGAAUCGGACGGUGGAUGGAAGCCUAAAUACCUUGGAGGAUUUGUUUACAAAGGAACCACGAUAUUUGGAGAGAGUGCAGAAGUCAAAACGUCUGCUUGGAGACCUUGUUAGACAGCUAACUGGAAUUCCAUUUUGGGAGAAGAAUGCUGUAUCACUGGAAGAGCUGGCUGUCUUUGUUGAGUUGUAUGACUAUUACAGAUGGUUGGGAUAUCUUGGCCUGCUACUUUUUGAUGUUCUUAUCUGUCUGCUGGUGCUGUUUGGACUAAUCCGAAACUCAAAGGGAAUCCUCAUUUGUGCGGCACUGCUGGGAGUGCUCACCUUAAUUAUCAGCUGGAGUUCACUUGGUCUGGAACUGGCAGUGUCAGUGGGUUCCAGUGACUUCUGUGUGUCUCCUGAAGCAUAUAUCUCCAAAAUGGCGGAUGAACAUGGUCUUAUUGCUAAAGAGGUUUUAAAUUACUACCUGGUAUGCAACAUUGGAUACCCAAACCCCUUUCAACAGAAACUCUCUAGCAGCCAUAAAGCCCUAGUGGAGAUACAGGACCACAUAUCGGAGCUUCUAAAGUCGGCUGUGCGCGAGUUUCCAUCCUCUCGUGAGUAUCUGGACCGAACUCAAAUAGUAUUGAAUUCAACAGAGACCACUCUGCAACAGUUGACAGCUUUGGUUGAUUGCCGUAGUCUUCACAUGGAUUAUGUGCAGGCUCUGACAGGACUGUGCUAUGAUGGUGUGGAGGGCCUAAUUUAUUUGGUUUUAUUCUCAUUUGUAACUGCACUGAUGCUAAGUUCAAUUGUCUGCAGUGUUCCUCAUACCUGGAAGCAGAGCAAGAGUCAUGUUGACGAUGAUGGCGACGAAGAUAUUGUGAGCCCACAAGGAAACCGGCAGCAGCAUGACAACCUGUACAGAGUUCACAUGCCCAGCCUGUACAGCUGUGGGAGUAGUUUUGGUAGUGAGACCAGUAUUCCUGCUGCAGCACAUACGGUCAGCAAUGCUCCUGUUACAGAAUACAUGAGCCAGAACACAACUUACCAGAAUCCCCGUUGUGAGAACACACCUCUGAUUGGCAGAGAAUCUCCUCCUCCCUCUCUAUAUUUGGCUGCUCUGGACAAUGGCAGCCAUCUGAGCUGGCAGCCAAAGAACCACAACAGUGCGAGAACGAACUCUUACUGGUAAAGAAGGCAGCAAACCAGAACAGUACUCGAACAGCAUGAGAGCCAAAUACCUCGCCACAAACAGGCCUGAAACCAACAGCAUCCACUAAGACUUGAGGAGAAAAGGAAAAAACUGGAACUUCCGCAUGUCCAAUGCCACUAAUACAGUUUUACUAAUUUAAUGAGAACAGCACUAUUCUAUCAGUUGUACAGCAAAAGUAGAUUAGUGGUUACUAGGAAUGAAUAAUUUUGCCAAACUAAAUUGUGGUAAGACUGCAUAGGAGAUGUGUACCGUCAGAUUUGUAGAUGCUGCACAACCUUAUCAGUCCCAAUAUUGCAUUUUACAUCAUUCCAGUUUGCUUCAAUUUAAGGUUCUCUCAUUUCUAUAUUGCAACAGGGAUGCCAGGGUACAUAGGUGCACCAGUCUAUCACCAUGAACAAAACCACAAUAAACUGUGUCAGGUUGUUUUCACGUUGUAAUAAUUGUAAAGCGCACCAAUCGCUGUAGAUCAAUAAACAAUAAUUCAGAACAAGACAAUGUUUUUAUUUAUCUGGAUAAGUUCCCAAGAGGAUAUGCCAACAUAUUAACAGAAGCAAUGAUGAUAUUAAUUGUUUGUGAUUGCCAAAAGUGCAAAGUAUUGUGGCGUCCCUAAGAUUUUGAAAGAGGAAUGUGGAGAGACAUUACAGAAUUAAUGGUGAAGCCUGUGGUCUUUUAGGUUCAAUGUGGUUGUAGUAUUACUUCUAACCACUUUUAAGUUGAAAUAGUAGGGGCGAUACCUGUGAAGAGGGUAUUUAUUACCACAGGGAGUUGUGCAAAAUAUUGGGAAAAUGCACUAAAUCACCUCUGAAAACCAGCAAAAUGUAGGUCACUGAUCAGUAAUCAACAUGGCUAAUCUGAUUUUUGUUAUCACUGAAAAUGCAUGUCUUCUGGAUUAGAAACUGUUUCUAAUCUUUGAAAAAAAUCAGAUCAAGAAAUUUCCCGUUCUGGCAAGUGCAUGUUUUCAGUAUUUUUUGAUAAGUAUUUUAAUCUGUUGCACAUAAGAUCCUUCAGUACUCUUUUGUUUUAAUUUUGUUCUUUUUUAAUUGUAUUGCAGUAGACGCAGUACCUGUAGUUUAGCUACUGUUUUUAUUAGUUGUAUUAAAGGUGCAAUUUCUUGUGCUUUAACUUGCACAGGCAUUUUUUAUACAUCAGUUUAUCUGAUUUUAAUUGGCUCAAAGUUGUACAUUGCUGGGAACAGAUCAAUGCAUCUAACCACAUGACGAUGAAGCACCUUUGCAGAUUAUAGAAUAGCUGCAUUUCCUCUAAGUCUCAGUUUUGUGGAAUAUUACAAGGUUUAAGUAGUACUGUAUGAUAACAAGAAUUGAAUUAUUUACUUUUACUGGAUAAAUUAUAGCCUUUAAAAUUUUUCCUCACUACUUAUUGUAGUCUUGGAGGGGAGCGGGGGAAGAGUAACCACGAGCCUGAAUCAUGACAAUCCACCGUUCGGUGAUUCUGCUGAUGUUUAACGAUGGUGCUGUUUAACAAUCUAAUCAGCUGCUUAAAGAACACAGUGUGGCAAUUCUGUCAUUCAGAUUCAGAAUGAAACAUUCCAACUUUGAUUUUGGUUGAUUUUGUGUAGUGUCAAAAGGAAUUAAAAUGCUCAAAGUUUAGAUAAGGAUUCGAACUUCUGGAAGAUUCUUUCAGAAAAAUAAAUUAUUUUCUACUUCAAUGUUCUUGACAGCUGAGCAAUAACAUGCCACAGAUUUCACUUAAACCUGAAUGAAACAUUCCAAAUGUCUAACCUCUGAACCAAUUAUAUGUUUAGUAUGUUCUUGUGCAAAGUAUUCAAAAUGUGAAUUAAUUUUAAUGAUACCACAGCUACAGGAAGAUUUGGUUUUUCUCCUAACAUUUAGAUAUUAAAUCUAAAGAGUAAUCUAUACUUGGAGACGAGAGUGCUGCUGUUAGAUUUCCAGAAUCUCGUGGAUUAAAUUCUGAGAAAAAAAAACAAAUUGGGAACAUUUAUUGUGUACGCUAGAAUGAAUAAUUUGAAUGUUGAUAUCUUAAAAUCCUUUUUUGGGAAGAAUUGUUCGAUAACCUGCAACAAAUUUAACCAUGUUUAACCACUUGAUAUCCAGUUCUAUUACUUUUUGCUUGCAGUCUUGAUCAUGCUUACCAAAGUGGAGCAUUUCUAAUGUAGAUUUGAAACAUCUAGUGAUUUGUUAUCCACCAAAGUGAAAUCUGGAAUUGAAAUUCAUGAAACUUGUCCAAGUUAUUGAAGUACAGACAUUAGUUUUCACUGCAGUAAAUCUUGUGUUUUACAUCAUCACCUGCUUUGGUUUCCAUAGCCUUUCCUCCAGUUCUAUGAUGAGGCAUUGCUUUGCCCAGCUACGAAUGACCAAUGUUGUCCUAAAUAGGUCUCUGCUUUGCAGUCUGAUUCAGCUUUUCAGAAACUGAACGGUUAUGCACAAACGUUUGCUACAACACUGACACUUGUCCUGAAUUAGAGUGACGCACCCUGAAAUUGUGCUUCAAAAAAUAAACUGAGCCACAUUCUGCAGCAGCAAAAUAGAGUUCUUCACUAUAAAAGCAAUGUCUAAAUUUCACUACAGAUAAAUAUAAAACAAAACUCACAAGAAAUAUAUUAGUUGUAUAUUACUUGGAAGUUGGGGAAGGGAAUUAUGAAGAAUGAGCUUGAAUUCGGUGUAUACUGGGAUUUAUAAAGUUUUCUUUGUGUUUUGGAAAUUUUGUCCAUUGAGCAACAUACUGGACAGGUUUUCCACUUCAUUCAGCUGAGCCUGACUUGUUCUCUGCAGGAUAAUCAAGAGAAGAUUGGUGUAUUCAACUGCAAGUAUGCACUUGUUCUUGACCGUUUUCAGAAGCACAAUCUUGCUUUAAUUCUGUGAAGCGCGGGUUUCCACAGUUUAUCUUUUUACACCUUGGAAAGCACAUACCAACCAUGCAACCUUGAAAAUGUGAAUGCUGGAGACACUUGGGUGUAAACAUUGACCAUCAACCUGGACCUUGUGGUGAUUGUAAGAUAUUUGCUGUGAAUUUCCUAAGCAUUGCAGGUUUAACCUUGUAGUGCCAUACUCUUUAUGUAGUACUUAAUGUGUAUUCUUGCUAGCAUGGGGACUCAAAUUCUGAUAGAUGUUUGAAUUUCCAACCAGCAUUUCAUUUUGCCAAGUACAAUUUCAAAUGAACAUGUUAAUUUGUGACUGUGGCUAAUUGAAAUUUCGAACAAAAUUCAUAAGAUAUGUGGCUGUUUGCCCUGCAUUUAAAUAUAUUUUGUCACUAACUAACUGUUCAAAAAAUGAGUGGAAAAUAAUAGGUUUGCUAGUAAAAGGAUCUAUUUUCAAAAGGCCUUAAGGUUGACUGCUGAUAUGAGAUUGGAAUUGGUGUAGCCAAAGAAGGCUUGGGUAAUUUGAUAUUGGCUUUGUUUUUACAAGGUUGCAGAGUGACAUGAUGUGCCUUUAUUGGGUGAUGUUUUGCUCACUAGCUACAUUGAAUGUUAAACCUGCCAUUACAGCAAUGAUGGAAUUGUUACAUUUAGUACAAAGUGAUGAUUGCACAGAAGUUGAUUAAUUUUUAAGCUUAAGCGUAAAAGCUUUGUCCCAGUGCAGCCACAGUUCAGCCCAUUCAAUUUUUCCCACCUUUCCCCUGCCCAGCAAUGCUCUUUUGUUUACACUAAACUUUCUUUUUAAAAGAGGCUUUUUUUUUGUUUCAAUCUAGCUCUUUAGUUUCAUUUAGUCCAACAAAAAAAAAUUAUCUAGAAUUUGCUUUCACAUAUUGGUAAAUUACAUCUGAAAUAAUUGGAAAAUGCUGGUGGGUGAAACUUAACAAUUUGAGUCCUGUAUAAUCGAUUUAGUUACAUUGUGAAUCAGAGUUACUCUGUUGUAUUAGUGUGACAAUCCUUAAAUGUUUUAAUAGAAAUUUUAUCAUUUGUAGAAAGGUAUAUCCGUGAAUGAAUAUCUCUUGCACGAACAAUGGGGCAUUGAUUGGUGAAACGUAAUUUGCCUUUUAAUGCAAUUUUUUAACCAUUUCAGACUAUUUGUUGUGUAACAUACAGCUUUAACUUUUACUUAAUAUGUAACUUAAAAUCAGUAAUUGUAGUAUUUAGCACUAGUGUAGUUUUGUGGAGCCUGUUUUUAAAACAGCAUUUUCGUUAAGAAAAAUGAUUGAAUGAUCCUGUGUACUAUUGCUCUUUUUAUUAUUUUUGCUAAAAAUUGCUCCAGCUCUUAAUAGAUUUAUAACAUUUAAAAAAAAAUAAAAUCUUUUCUUUCCAAUGAGUAAAAUGUUGUAAAUGUCAAACCUGUGGUUUUCAUGAGCUUGACCUCAAUGUUUUCAAAA